CCGUCAUCUUCGAGGGACAUCAACAUCUCUAGCUCUGUGGGGAGCUUCGGCAGUGCUCAAGGGAGUCCCUUGCCAUCAUCAUCCUCCAGGCCUCUUUCCCCUUCACCAAACCUGAGAACUUUCUUCAUCCCUCAGCACCCCCCCCCCCCCAUCGUUACUCCGGUUUGGGAGCCUUUAACAAGCCUUGAGGGCAUUGCUUCUGCAGAGGCCCUUACUUCUCUUAUCCUGCAGGACCUGCAGGCCAUUAACCAAGGUAAGCGACAUAAUAAUAUUCCUCAAAAACUUCCGGGAAGGAGACUUUGAGUCUUCUUCAACCAUCAUGCGAGCCUUGGGGAAACAUCUCCCAAGGACAUUGGGAGAUGUCGCUGAGCAUCAAAACAAACUAGAUUGGCUCACCUCCUCCCUCAUCUCCUCGUUGACUUUAAUAAAAUGCUACCAACAAUCUUUAACUGACCUAAGGUCUGAAAUUCUAUAUUUAAAAGAAAAAAUAUCAGUGAUUCAAGAGGCACAGCCUCACGAUGGUGAGAACAGGCCCAGAAAGAAAUCCAAGGGCACACACUUGCCCGAGGUGGUGGCACUGGUCCACCGUAACGUCAGGAUCCUGUUGGGUUUGCCUCCUUGUGGGGGCAAAACACUUUACUCCCCAGAGGACUGGCCAGAUUAUGACCCAGUCCUCGCCCCUAACGGCUACUUCCAUGAUGGCGAGACAAAUGCCGUCAUCUGGAGGCCCAAUUGGGAAAAUUUAAAAUGUUCUUUUUUUUCGAAUCUAAUUAAUGCAGCUGUGGACGCCUGUCUGCAGGAUUCGUCUGUAAGCACGAUGCCCAGUCGGGAGCAGCUUAGCAGAAGAGUAAAAGAAUACCUAGAAGGUAUUUCAAAAAUGAAAAAGAAAACCAAAGAGGAAAGGGAGGCCAACCAGCUCCUUAAGACCAUUUGUGCCAGGGUAAACCCCUUGAGUACAUGGAUCUCAGCUAACUUUGAAAACACCCCCCUCGCCCACUGUCAUGAGAGUGAACUCAUUCAGACUGCCUUCAAGCGAGGGAUCCUAAAAUCCUUACUCCUUGUCGACCACACAGAGACGUCCGUUCAUGGUUUGUCUAUUACUCAAAACACAACCAACUCACAAGACGAUGAAGUCUUGACAACUGAUUCCAAUAAUUACGAUGAGUUUAAAGUCCUCUGCGACCUCUAUGAGCAAGAAAGGAUAGAUGUGUUGAACUGGUCUUUACUUAGCACCUUCGUACAAACAGUCUCGUAGAACAGUGUACUAGAUAGUGAUACAUACCUGGUCUUUACUUAGCACCUUCAUACAAACAGUCUCAUAGAACAGUGUACUAGAUAGUGAUGAGAAAGACCAGAAAGUUACAAAAAAGGAAUAUUAAUAAUGGUAUAGAGUCUGACCGAAAAUAGACCACGUAGUCAUCUAUCUAAUUAAGGAACUAGACUAGUGAACUCUGUCAAGAUGAGCCACGGUGGGUAGCGCUAGAAGUUUGGUGGUGGUCGGAUGUUGUUACGACUCGUCCCCAACAAGGUCCGGCCUUGGAGACGAGAUAGAAAGCCGUAGUUUAACUAAG